UCGAGGCCCGCCCACCCCUCUUAGGAGACGUCGCCAGCCUCUUGCCUCUGCAUGGUGCCAGCCUUGGUGUAUAUUUUCCCGCCAUUUCCAGCUGUUCGUGAGGAGAACUGGAUGAUUUCGAAUGGAUUGGUUUCACUGCAACCAAUGUUUCCGAAAAGAUGGAGACAAUUUCUUUGUCACCAGCUGUGGCCAUAUUUUCUGUAAAAAGUGUGUGACCCUGGCUCACUCUGGCAAUGAUAUGGAGGGAAGACUGGGAAAAACCUUUAGUCCUCAAGGGAAGAAGAAAAAAUGUGCUGUUUGUGGAAGUGCUUGCAAGCAUCUGGCUCUUUCUGAUAAUCUGAAACCUCAGGAGAAGAUAUAUUUCAAAAGCCCUGUGGAGACAGCUUUGCAGUAUUUUAGUCACAUCUCUCAGGUGUGGAGUUUCCAGAAGAAACAAAUAGAUCUCCUCAUCGCCUUCUACAAGCAUAGAAUUACAAAGUUAGAAGCAGCCAUGCAGGAGGCACAGCAGAUGGUGACCAGGCAGGAAAAAGAGCUGUCAGUCUUAAAGAAGGAAAAUGGAGAGCUGAAGAAAUGUCUUGCCAUUCUAAAGGAAUCUCCAAAUUGGUACCAAGGAAGCAGGUCAGUUUUAUCAGGCCCCAUACUAGCCCUGAUUGAAAAUUGCUGUUCUUUCUUGACUCUUGGCUGCAACACCUGUGUGGGAUCAAAGGUGGAGGAGAUGGUUGGCCACACCUCGACCAGUGGGGAUUACUUCUCCAUCACAGUCAGUCGGUCCCCCUCUGUGGAAUCUAUUCCUUACAGAAUGUCUGACUUUAGUAGCUUGGGACAAGGAGCCAGAGGCCUGCAGGGAAGAAGCACUCCCAGGGAUUCUCAUACCGAAACCCCUUCACCAGCUUCUACUCACAGCUUUUCUUAUAGGCCUUCACCUGCUUCUUCGGGACAGGGGAUUUUUUCUUGUAGACCAUCACUAAAUGGUGGGAAUUCAGGCCACACAAGAGGCCUGAAUUCAGGCCUCACCCCCAACAAUUCAGGUCAGAGGGAUAGCAGAACCCCACUAGAGAGUCUUCCUGGUUUCCAGCUACCAGUUCAGCAGACUCUCUACGAACAGAGACAGAUGGGAUUAGCCAGGUCAAGAGAAGCAUGGACUACUUCCAGAUAGAUCGUCUUCAAGGUCUGAUCUAAACAUGUUGCUUAAAGAAGGCCUAUAGCAUCCAAUGCCCAUUAAGUGCCUUGGAAAAUGUCUCCCUGCCUUGUUUCCUGGUUUCACUCUCUUGACUUUUAUGAUAUACAUCCUCUGUUACCUCCUAGGAAAAUGGUCAGGCAUUAUAUAAGGCUAGUACUACAGGAAGAUGUUUAGAUCUCUCCCACACUCAAGUAGCUCUCUCAUUUCCUGCAACUUAAAGGUUGUAAAAACAAUUCUUGGCAUCAUUGGGUGUGAGAGGUAAUAUACUCAUUAAGUAUGGUUUAUUUCUAUAUUUCACUGUUUUAGCUUUGGGUAUAUUCUUCCAUUGCCAGUGUUAAUAAGCAAUAACUCUGUUCCUUGUCCUAAUUUAUUAUACUUUUGUUGCCUAUUGUUUCCUCUAUGCCUAGUUAAUUAUGUUGAUUUUCCUUUGAGACCCAGACUUUCAGCUUACUAAAGUAUAUAGGUAAAAUAAAGGUGUCCUUUUAUUGUUA